UCUCAAAACUAAAAAGAACAAAAAUGGAGAUUGUAAGGAUAGUGAAGUCACCGUACUUUAUCACAUAUUGUCUUCUCCUAAUUAUUUGCUGGUUGUUGUCUCAUCAUCCUUCAUGUGACCCAUGUAUGAGUACCAUUAGAGGAACACAAUUCUCGCACAUUCAACAAGAAUCUUCUUCAGACUUAUCGAGUCUAGUGAAAGGAGUAGCUACAGAUGAUAGAACAGUGAUUAUUACAAUGGUGGAUCAAGAAUGGGCAAAACCCGAGUCUCUUCUUGAUCUGUUCCUCGAGAGCUUUGGGAUUGGAGAAAGAACCAAACACUUGUUGAACCAUUUGAUCGUUGUGGCUCUAGAUGAUCAAGCUCUUCGAUAUUGUCUUCGUGUCCAUCCCCAUUGUUACCUUCAUAGAGAUUCUAGAAGAAAAUUCGAAUCUACAAGCCCAGAUGGUCUUGUUGCCGGUUGGAGGAAAAAGUCUUUGGUGAAAGAGAUUCUAGAACUCGGUUACAACAUGAUGUUCACUGAAGCUGAUGUGAUGUGGCUAAGGAAUCCUCUAAUGCACUGCCACCCUCUUAAUUUAGUCUCAGUGGCUUGUGGGUUUUCAUCAAGUGAUCAUCAUCAACAACAACAACAUCAACAUGCAACAGCUGAAAACACGGGAGGUUUUUUUUAUGUCCAGUCAGAUGAUACAACCAUAAACAUGUUUCAGAUAUUGGACUUAGAGAGAGUGCAUUACUUGAAGCUGCUUCUACAAGACCGGAAAGAUAUGACUCUGCGAUGGAGAAUUCCAAGUCAACAAUGCAAAGGAUUUUCUUUGUUA